AUGAUUUCCAAACGAAUACUACAGAGUAGAUCACUAUCCACCACAAACAUAACAAGAUCAUGGUUUGGUGAUCUUUUUGGAAGUAAAAAAUCAAAAAUCACAAAAGAAUCAAGAUCAGAUAUGAUAACAAAUCAAGAUGAAUUAGCAAAUAAAGAAAUUACAGAAAUUAUACAUUUUACAAAAGAAAAUUCUCCCAAAAUUUUAAAAUCAAAGGAAUUAAAUAAAUUAAAUCCUGAAAACAAAGUACGUGAUUGGAAAUUUACAAAAUCUAUAAAACCUAAUGAAAUUGAAGAUGUAUAUAAUGAUAAAUCUAAAUUACAAAAUAUUUUCAAUAAAACUUAUAAUGAAUUAACCAAUAAAGAAAUCAAUUUCAAUGAAUAUUCAUCAAUUAAUUUACAUGAUUUAAAUUUUAGAUUCAAAUUUAUAAAAUUAUUACAAUCUAAAUUAGGUUUUGAAAUUAAUGAUUAUAUAAUAAGUAAAAAUCAUUCAUUAGAUUCAUUAUAUUUUGAUAUUGAAAGUUUUGUAAAUAAAAGAUGGAAAAAUGAAAGAAAUCCAAAUGCAAUAGUUUUAAGACAAGAAGAUUUUACUGCAAAAAAUAUUUACCUUAAUGAAACAAAAGAUGAUUAUGAAAAAUUAAAAGAAUUUAAUAAAAUAAUGAAAGAAAUAGAAUUAAUGGAAAGUAGGUAG